AUUUCCAGCUAUGGUGUAAGUUAUUUAUUCCCAAAAUCCAAACACCUGUGCACAGCUAAGCUCUCUGCAUCUUCCCCUGCAUUUUCCUUUCCCUUUUUGCCCGACUAUAUAUACCUGCAACUCCAUCCUUCCGCCUAAACACUCACACGAACAUCCAUUUCUUAUCUUCACAACAAGCUAACUGAAACACGACAUAUAUUGAAUGGCUUCUUCAAAUUAUAUACUCCUUCUUCUGGCCUCUUUGAUGGUUGCUUCUGCCAGCAAUUUCUAUAAUGAUUUUGAUAUUACAUGGGGAGAUGGUCGUGCUAAGAUACUCAACGAUGGUGAACUUCUUACUCUCACCCUUGAUAAAGCUUCUGGCUCAGGAUUUCAGUCCAAGAAUGAGUAUCUUUUUGGAAAGAUUGAUAUGCAAAUCAAACUUGUUCCUGGAAACUCUGCUGGCACUGUCACUGCCUAUUAUUUGCAGUUAUCCUCAAAAGGGUCUACAUGGGAUGAGAUAGACUUUGAGUUCCUGGGGAAUUUGAGCGGUGAUCCUUACAUUCUUCAUACUAAUGUGUUUAGCCAAGGCAAAGGCAACAGGGAGCAACAAUUCUAUCUAUGGUUUGACCCAACUGCAGAUUUCCACACCUAUUCCAUCCUUUGGAAUCCUCAGCGCAUCAUCUUCUCUGUCGAUGAAACUCCAAUUAGAGAGUUCAAGAACAUGGAGAGCAAUGGAGUUCCAUUCCCAAGGAAUCAACCAAUGAGAAUUUACUCUAGUUUGUGGAAUGCUGAUGACUGGGCUACAAGAGGUGGCCUUGUGAAGACAGAUUGGUCUCAAGCUCCAUUCACUGCUUCUUACAGAAACUUCAAUGCAAAUGCUUGUGUUUCGUCUAAUGGGGCAUCUUCUUGUGGUACAAAUUCAUCACCUUCUACCUCCACUUCUAAUUCUUGGCUAUCACAGGAACUAGAUUCAACAAGCCAAGAGAGACUUCAGUGGGUGCAGAAGAACUACAUGAUUUACAAUUAUUGCACUGAUGCUAAGAGAUUUGCUCAAGGCUUGCCUACAGAAUGCAACUUAUCCUAGGCCACGCAUGAUGAUUUGCAUUGCUUAUAAUUUAAACACGAUUUGUUCAUUCUUUUAUUUAUAAUGUAAUUGAUUUACAUAACAGUAGUGGAAAUAGUAUUUCUCCUUUGAUUGUCAGUUUGAGUUUAGAAAUGAAUUUGGAAUCCCUAAUUUUUGAUUUUA